UGCUGUUCGCAUGUUGAGAUUAGACUUUUUUUUCAAAUAAAAUAAAAUACCAACCAUGUGUACAAAUCGUUGCAGCAUGUUAAGAGAGCUGUGGACAGUCCCUCUGGAGAUGCACAUUUUCGAUGUAAACUAAAGACAAUACAAGGAAAUAGGAAGCUCCCCGUCCAUAAGCCAGGUCCCAGAAGUUUCUCAGAAAGUGGAGCGACAGAGAUUGCCAAAGUUCACAACGCGGGCCGGGGACAACACAGUCAGUCACCUGGGAACUGGCAGAGAUCGAUCCAAAGUAAUGGCUGAAGCAAUACCACUACGGGAAAAGAAGCAGAGGACUCUACCCCGAUCUGAUGGGUGUGGUCUCAAUAACUUUGACGCCCUGGAUUUGUCUGGUGGUGGCCUGAGGAUCGUCCUGGUGGGAAAAACUGGAUCGGGGAAGAGUGCAACAGGAAACACCAUCCUCGGCAGGGCUGCCUUCAAAGAGGACCCGAGCCCCGUGUCUGUGACCAAACACUGUGAGACUGCGAGUGGUAAAGUAGACGGGACCACGGUCCAGGUGAUUGACACUCCAGGUCUGUUUGACACAGGCAUCACGGUGGAAGAAUUAAAAACCAGAAUAGAGGAAUGUGUGAAGAUGUCAGUGCCCGGGCCUCACGCCUUCUUACUGGUGAUCAGGCUUGGGGUGAGGUUCACAGAGGAGGAAAGAAACGCCGUCAAGUGGAUCCAGGACAACUUUGGGGACGAUGCCUCCAUGUACACUAUCAUGUUGUUCACAUGUAAAGAUCAGGCUAAAGCUGACAAUGCUCUGAAGGAGUGCAAAGAGCUACGGAGACUCUCGAUCACGUUUGGACGCAGAUACCACGCCUUCAACAACAACGACGCGGACGACCGCCUACAGGUCACAGAGCUCAUCACUAUGGUCAAGGAAAUGGUACAGGACAACGGGGGGAAACACUACACUAACGAGAUGUAUGAAAGAGCCCAGAGGAAGCUGAGGGAGGAGGAGGAGCAGAGGAAACAGGAGGAGGAGGAGAAGAAAGCAGAGGAGAAGAAAAUUUGGGAUGCGGAAAGGGAGAAGAAGGAGAAGGAGAGAGAAAAGGAGAAGAGAGUCAAAAGGAAGAACAUACGAGUGUCCGCAGCUGCAGCUGUUGUGCUGCUGUUUGCAGGUAUGGUUAUAGCAGUGGGAGCUAACACCACAGUGGCUCUGGCUCUUGGAGCUCCUGUGCUCGUCCUGGGAGUCUUGUGUGGUUUAACAGCCAUUUGCAUGUGGAAGGGCAUACGAUGUAGAUCUAAAGCAGCUGUUCCAGUAUAACUUCGACAACAUGUUAUCCACAAGGACACGUCCAUCAGUAUGCAACUCUGUGUGACACUGAAUGUAUCAUUAGCAUUACACGUUGCUAUUGUAUUUACUGUUGAGAGCAUCAGUGAAUGAUUUUGUUUUGGCCGUCUCUGCAUUCUGCUGCCUUAAUGAUUAUGUUUUUGACACAUUACAUUAAAAGGAACGUGUGAAUUGAA